AUGAGAGUGCGCCCCACAUCUGUCGCGCAGUCGCUUGCCCGCGAUUGGAGCGGCCAGAUACACCAGAGCCCACGAUUCAUUCGACUACUGUCCACAAGCCCAAUCCAAUCCAGCCGACACCGCGCGCGUCUAGAGAUACCUCCUCCAUUUCCCGUGACUCAAGCAUGCCCCGAAUCCUCCUGCGAUUGCCCGACACCGCCCAUGCCGGAGGGAUUACCGAUUGAUCAUGAACAACCAUUGAACGGGACGAUGGUUGCCUAUGCGCAGCAGCUGGUGAUUUGUACAGGCCAAAGAGACUGGACGAGUCGUAUCGAGAAUGACGGAGAUAACACGAGCUGGGGCAGCCUCGUACGAGGCCUGAAAGGCCUGUUAGGCCGAGGGGGUCCAUAUCUCGAUCCCUUCAAUAAUAUCCUCGUUACAAAUACCUCCCUCGCCCCAACUGUCAACAACCCCUCCACCGCUUCCGCAUUUCUCUUCCCCGGAUUCAAAUACAUUCCUUCGAUACCGGUAGAAACUCUCUCAUCACCAGAGACCAUCGAUCUCACCACAUUCGUACGAGGUUUCCUUCUCCCAGAACGCCUCCACCAUGUGCACUCUUCCCUUCCAGAAACAAAGCGCACAGAAAUGACCCGCGUUCCAAACCUUGCAUCAAAGUUCGAAGUCCUCGACAUCAAACACUCGCCAACAGUCCUAAUCUGUGGACACGGAGGCCGUGACAUGCGCUGCGGUAUCAUGGCCCCUGCGCUUGAAGCAGAGUUCCAGCGCGUCUUACAGUCGCGAGGAUUUACCUCAGCUGGUCGUGAAGGCACUGUUGAUGGGCCUGAUCAUGCUAAUAUCGGGUUGAUCAGUCAUAUUGGCGGACAUAAAUAUGCCGGUAAUAUAAUUGUCUAUAUCCCGCCAGAGAUGACGGUGGGGGGCCAGGCUGAGCCUCAUCCGCUGGCGGGUAAGGGAAUCUGGUAUGGAAGGGUGGAACCUAAGCACGUGCAGGGAAUUGUGGAGGAGACGAUUGUUGGAGGGAGAGUUGUGAAGGAUCAUUUCCGGGGUGGGAUUGAUCGGGAUGGAGGGAUACUUAGAUUGUAG